CUUCUCGUGCCGUGCACCUAUCCGCUAACAAUUCCUUCACCGUCCCGUAAUAACAAAUGACUUCGUCACUGUAUUAAACGCGCCAUCCCUCUAGCCGUAUAGCCUACCCCUCCCACCAACUCCCGAUUCAUCACUCUAUAAAACUCCUGCAUCGCUUCUCCACCUCAGUCAACCUCCUUGCCAUUUUCGGUUCACACCGGUUCCCACAUCACCUCUGACACCCGACAGGUUCCGGCACCUUCCCCGCUCACCGACUUCUGUCCUUCGCGUCAUGCUGUGGAAAUCCCGCACCAAGACUGAGCCUUACUGUCUGCAGGACCGGGCGGACGGGCUCACCAGCUCGUCUCCGGGCGGCCGGCUCUCUCAACUCUCCUCCCUGAACCAGGCGGCCUACUCGUCGGCUCCGCCACUGUGUCACACACCGGCCUCAGAAUUCCAGCCUCCGUACUUUCCCCCGCCCUAUCCGCAACCAUCGCUGUCAUACACUCAAAGUCAGGAUUCCGGAUACCCGCACCUACCGGAUCCCUAUCCCUCAAUAAAUCCCAUCCAUCAGCACCAACAGUCGGCGUGGCAUUCGCAGCGGUCACGACCAGAUGAGAGCGGGCUCCUUUCACAGUCUCACCGUGCUUUGAGCCUUGACCCCAGGCGGGAGUACCCAGGUGUGCCCCGUCUUCUUCACGGACUGGGGGAGGGGGCAGCAGCGCUUGGAGACGGCUCUCUGAUGCAAGCGGUGAGCCAUCACGGGAUCGAUGACAUUCAGGUGAUGGAGGACGGCUCAGCUCUGGGGAUUUUGGAUCAUUCUGUCAUCAAGAAAGUGCCUGUCCCGUCCAAGCUGAACGGUUCGGCUCUCUCCGCCUUGUCCCUCAGUAAGGAGGGGCUGGGGCUCGGGGGCGUGUCAAACCCGGGCGAAGUCUUCUGCUCCGUCCCGGGACGCCUGUCUCUACUCAGUUCCACCUCUAAGUACAAGGUGACAGUAGGGGAGGUACAGCGACGGCUGGCUCCACCCGAGUGCCUGAAUGCCUCCCUGCUGGGUGGAGUCCUGCGCAGGGCCAAGUCGAAGAAUGGCGGGCGCUGUCUGAGGGAACGUCUGGAGAAGAUCGGCCUCAACCUCCCGGCGGGCCGGCGCAAGGCAGCUAAUGUCACCCUCCUGACGGCGCUAGUGGAGGGGGAGGCCGUUCACCUGGCGCGGGAUUUCGGCUACGUGUGUGAGACUGAGUUCCCGGCCCGGGCCGCGGCGGAGUACCUUUGCCGGCAGAGCGACCCCGAGCAGCUGCCCGCCAGGCGCAGCAUGCUGCUGGCCACUAAGCAGAUCUGCAAAGAGUUUGUGGACUUGAUGGCACAGGACCGUUCGCCCCUGGGUGCAGGCCGCCCCACCCCCUGCCUGGAACCUGCCGUCCAGGGCAGCCUGACCCACUUCAGCCUGCUGACGCACGGCUUCGGAGCGCCCGCCAUCUGUGCUGCGCUGUCCGCCUUCCAGGCCUACCUGCUGGAGGCGCUCAAGCUGCUGGACAAGAGCGAGGCUGGGACCAAGGGCCCCCACGACAAGGAGAUUAAGCACCGCAAAUAGGUACCGUGGUCAGCAUUUGCCCUGCCAGUGAUCAGCAUCCACAGUA